AUUGGAUCUAUCGGUCCACAAUCUCCCUGGCCUCUUCCCCUCUCUCAAGUUGACAUGGCCGCCUCGUCGUCUUCGUCGUCGUCAUCUUCCGAUUCAUCGAUAAGGCGCCACAGAGAAAGGCGCCGCCGCCGCCGCAUGGAUAAAGACCACAAGGUAGACUCUCUUAAAGUCCGCAAGAAAAGUAGUCGUUCACACUCCAAACGACGUCGUCGCUCACUUUCUUCCGACUCAUCCUCUUAUGAUUCCAGAAGUGAUAGUUCUAGCGAUAGUGAACGUGAAGCUUCUAGUCGUUCUAAGAGAAAUAAAGACACCGACAAACAGAAGAAGAGCAAAGAGAAAGACAAACGAAAAAGUCGUCAUCAACAUAAGCGGCACAAGCAUAAAGCUAAGGAGAACAAGCAGGAUGCAAGUAGCAGUGGCCCUGUUCAGCUCUCUAAGUUUCUUGGGCGUGACAAAGAUGACAGUGUCCGUCGUAGUGCUGUCUCUGGCAAAAAGAUAUUGUUGAAGCUUGACAAGUCAAAGGAGGACAAGGUGGCAGAGAACAAUCGAAAUCAACUGCUCAAAUUUUUGAAUUCGAGUUAUGAUUGAACGGGCAUGAUCUCUACUCUAUCAACCACUAUUACUGCGACAACUAAAUUAAUUUUGCCUCGUAAAAGAUACUUUUUGUGUGUGUGCAAAUUACAGACGUAUGUUGUAAUCUUAAAUGGAGCUUUCAGUUUGAGCAGAAAGCAUAGACCGGAUAUGUAGUCUGGUAUCGAAGGAUCAGCUUUUGAACCUCUCUACCUGUGUUUGUGUUAUAGUGUAUGAGAGCAUCUCGGACACGAGUACCUUUUGGUCUAAUGGAAAAUACAGUAAAUGAUUUGCGCUUAA